AAUAUUUUAUUUCCUUUUUGUUUUGAAAUAUUCCUAUGUUGUUUCCUUUCAUAAAAAGAGAGAUAGAGGAAACAACGUUCCUUCUUCCAGAGUUUCUCAGAUUCUUUCCCUUAUUUAGAAAAAAUCCCAAAAAAAAAAAAAAGGUAAAAAGAAAAACACACAUUCUGAUAAUAGGGGUUUAAAGAAGUUUCUGACAGAUUCUCAGGCGAAAUUCUCGGCAAUGUCGACGUUUUCGCCGUCUCUGGUCCUCUCUCUCAUCCUUCUCAACCUACUUCUGGUUUCAUCAACGACAGAGACGAUCAAGGAAGGAGAGAUUCGACUACCUUCCGAGAAGUUCAACGGCCAAUUCUGCAACGCAACUGCUAAACCGGUUUCUUGUCCGGUUAAAUGUUUCAGGGCUGAUCCGGUUUGCGGCGAAGACAGCGUUACUUACUGGUGCGGUUGUGCAGACGCUUUAUGCCACGGCGUUCGUGUUUCAAAACCAGGUGUAUGCGAUGUUGGUAAUGGCGUUGGUUUGUCUGUUCCAGGACAAGCUCUGCUUUUGAUCCACAUUGUCUGGCUCGUGGCUCUUGCCUUCUCUAUUCUCUUAGGCCUCUUCUAAUAGAAUCUUUUGUUGAUAUAUAUUUUCUGUAUUGAAAACUACAAAAAAAAAUAAAACUAAGAUGAUGA